AUGGCACACUUUCUACGGGGGAAGCAAACAGGAAUACAGAAAGAUUUCUCCGAUGGUCUCUCACCAGACCUCUUCGCCCUCGAUGAUUACGCUCGGUGUGGUGUAAACUCGCAAAUAAGUGUGCUUGCGUACGAUCCCGUUCAGUCUCUCCUGGCCGUAGGUACCAGCGACACCCAGUUCGGCAGUGGGCAGAUCUAUGUGUUUGGACAGCGCAGGGUUUCCGCCGUUUUUUCGUUGCCGCGGAAGGCAUCUGCCAAAUAUCUCCAGUUCUGCGCCGACAAGUUGAUCAGCGUCGACUCGAAGAGCGAAAUUACUAUUUUCUCACUUGAGAUCCAGAAAGCGCUGGUUUCCUAUGCCCCCCCGAGCCAUGCCACCGCCCUAUUGACAGACCCUAGUCUGGACUAUGCCUUCAUUGGUCUACAGAAUGGGGACAUUAUUGCCUACGAUCUGGACCGGGAGUCCUUGACACCGUUUAGAGUACCUAAUCUCUGGGCUGAGCGCAAUCCCCGGGCGCGACUGUGCCCGGUCCUUUCUCUGGCCUUUUCACCCCGGGAUAUUGGCAAGAUUUUGGUUGGAUAUCCCGAAGGAGCCGUCACCUUCACCUUCAAACAGAACGUCGCUCAGAAGUACUUCCAAUAUGAAGUACCUCCUGGUGCCGUCGGGGGCAAUUCUGAGAUACCCUCCCAGGACACUCGCAGACCCAAACUGACCAGAGCGCUCUGGCAUCCUAACGGUAUCUUUGUUCUGACUGUUCACGAAGACAACAGUCUGGUGUUUUGGGAUUCGAAGGAUGGCCGCAAGAUCCUCUCCCGGACGAUGGAGAAUACACAUAUCGACGAACCUGGCGCCAGCCCAAACCGACGGUUUUCAACGGCUGAAGCCAUCUUCAGAGAGCCUAUUACCCAAGUUGCAUGGUGUGUCAAAGCUAACGGAGAGGACAGCGGCCUUCUUAUUGCGGGUGGUCGGCCUAAGGCUGAGAGUAACAAGGGUUUGACCUUCAUAGACUUUGGAGCAACUCCAAACUAUCAGACGUCAACAUGGCCAAUGAUCACCAAUUAUUUCGAAAAUCCAAAACAAGUUCAGAAUAUUCCAGCACCUCCUAGUGCAGAGGUCGUCGACUUUUGCCUUAUUCCCCGCUCCUCGCCAUUCUAUGCUGGGGCCCAUGACCCCAUCGCUGUGAUUGCGCUCCUUUCCUCGGGAGAACUUAUCACUCUGAGUUUCCCCAGUGGUCAUUCCAUCACGCCCACGAACAUGAUUCAUCCCUUCCUCUCUUUUGUCCACCCUUUUGUCACCAAAAUCACGAUGACGCCUAUUGAUCGUUCCGCCUGGCUGGGCCUUCGGGAACGGAGAUCGCAAGGCCCGAAAUUCUUGAUCGGCGGUGCAGAAGGCAAAAGGGCGCUGAAAAGGUUCGAGAAUCGUAACAUCAUUACCACGGCUCACGCGGAUGGAACCAUACGUCUCUGGGAUGUAGGCCAUGAUGACGAGAUUGAAAACGCGGAUGUCAUCCAAGUAGAUUUGGCCCGCGCUGUUGGGCGUGUCGCUAAUGUGGAAGUCACUGAAAUGUCUGUCAGCGGGUCUACAGGCGAACUCUCAGUUGGCUUGAAGAGCGGCGAGGUUGUGGUGUUUAGAUGGGGUAAUAAUGGAAAUUUUGGCCAUGAGGAGCCUCCAGGCACAAAUGAAGGAGCCGGAAAGUUAACUCGGAUCACCCACCGAGCCGAUCCCGGGCUGAAACAAGGCAUGCUUCCGCUCACUCUUCUGAAUAUGCAACAGGGGCCCGUGACUGCUGUGAAGCAUAGCCAUGUGGGCUUCGUUGCUGCCGGUUUUCAAAACGGCAAUUUUGUCAUCAUGGACUUGCGCGGGCCAGCAGUCAUUCAUACAGCCCAGGUAUCCGACUUUGCGAAGACCAGCAAACGUGGAAGUUUCCUCAAACAUCGCGCUGCUGAAAGCACUGCUCCGGAGUGGCCCACAAGCAUCGAGUUUGGUGUGUUGACUUUGGAGGGUGAAGACUAUUCAAGUAUCUGCUGCUUUGUAGGCACCAACAGAGGCAACUUGGCCACCUUCAAGAUCCUGCCCGGAAAUGAUGGAACUUACAUGGGCCAAUUCGCCGGCGUAACUCAGCUCGAUGACAAGGUUUUGAACAUCAUACCCAUUGAUGCGGAUCAGGGUACGCCGGCUCUAGCUACAGCAAGCAUGGUUGCGGGCCUCCGAACUGGCGCUAAAGUUAACGGUGUCGUCAUUGCUGUCACUGUUUCCGGUUGCAGGAUUUUUAAACCUGCAACGUCCAAGGGCGCUCACAAGUCCUGGGAUGAUUAUCUCUGCGAUGCCGCAGCCCUCGUGAAGACAGAAGGCCGUGGUUAUAGUCUUGUUGGGCUUUUUGGCGAUGGUAACGCUAGGGCUUUCUCCAUCCCGGGUCUCAAGGAAAUAGGCUGCACUAGUAUCGGUCAAAUUGCCGACAUGAGACGCCUCUCGGACUCAACAGUCUGCGCUAACGGUAGUGUUCUGACCUGGACGGGUCCCUCAGAAGUCGCCGUGUUCAAUGUUUGGGGCUCUGGUACCGGACUACGACCAUCAGACAGUCGACUCUUCAACCCACAGGCAACCAUUCCUGCACGACCUACAAUUACGAAUCUGCAAUGGAUCUCCGGCACACAAUAUGUGUCCCCAGCCGACAUGGAUCUUCUGAUCGGGGGCCCAGACCGGCCUCCAUCAAAACGAAUGCAGGAACAGAUGCGACUCGAAGACCAAGAGCGGCGCCGACUCGCACGAGAAGGGAGAACUGGAUCCAAUCUAUCACAGGCAUCGACAGGAAGUCAAGAGGGCUAUUGGUCUUACAUGACCCGGCAAGUCCAAGAACGGACGGAGCGACUAGGCAUUGCUGGUGAAAGUAUGGAUCGGCUGGAAGAAAACAGCAGCAACUGGGCCCGGGACGUCAAUAAAUACGUACAGAACCAGAAGAAAAAGGCGAUUCUCGGCGCACUGGGGUCGAAAUUUGGCUUGUGA